AGUUUUUCCCAGAAGAACGGAGUCUGACCGUUUUAAAAAAAGGCUGAGUCCUUAGACUGUCCGUGUUUUCAAAGAACACAAAGUGAACAUUUAACAAACUCAUUCAACGAGUAAAAAACACAAUGAAAUAUUCAUAAACUGCAGCAUAGAAUAGAGGCGAGAUGACCGCCACGUGCAGCGUGUUGACGUGUGCACGCCUCACAGGUGAGUUCAUUUAAAAGUUAAUGAGCCUCCCUUGCUGUCUGGCAAGAGAAAGCAGCCUUGCUUAGAAAGUCACCGUCACCCGUCGGCUUCAAGUGUAAAACAAAUAUAUAUAUACACAAUGAGUGAUUCACGACAGCAACAAGAGACUGAAAAAGUGUCUGAGCCUCAGUGGCCUGAGAAUGGAGGUGAGUGGAGUGAUGGAGAGGAUGGGACCAACAUGGACUGUGGGCUCCUGCAGGCCAUGGCUGAGGAGGAUGAGGCGAUAAAUAUCUUCAAUGAAGAGACGUUUGGAAUGGAUCUUGAUGCACAUGGGACCACAGAGCAUCCCAGCGGCAGUCUUCAGUUUGGAGAGCCACCAGCUCCUCCGCCAACACCUCCACCACCAGACCCCAAACCUCUGUCUCCCCACAGCUCCCCCUCCCCUCCCAGACAGAGGCAACAGUAUCUGCCCCGGGCUCCCCCUGGGCAGCGUAGCAGAGGUAGAGGACACAGGGGAGGGCUGGGCAGGGGGCAAAUGUUUGAAGACCCGGCUGUGAUGAGGAUAGUGGAGGGGCGUCCAAGCCUCAAGAGUCUUGACAGUGCCAUAGUGGACUGUGGGAACGCCAUGUUCCAUAAAACCUUUGAAGAUGAUUGGAUGGCACCCUCUUACAGAAAAACCAGACGGAUCUCAGGAUCACUACUUCAGGACAGUGCUAUAGUUUGUGUGAUUGAUGGUCACAGAGGCAGAGGUCAGCACCUGACCUCCAACUUCCUGGAUUUGCCAUAUCCUGUCUCUUCCUUCAGGGGCAGGAGAGGGGAACUCAGAGGACCCUACUACAGGAGACAGUUUGGCCAAAGAGGCCACUCUCAGAUGCAAGCACCAAUAGCACCAGGAUCACCCAUCUUCUCACGUCAACCUUUGACCCCGCGGCAGCAUUACAAUCAGACGGGGAGAUUCAUGUUUCCUUCAACCCACCGCUGCCCCUCCACUCCUCAGUCUUUGAAUCCUAAAAUGAUGCAGCUGCGCUUUGGUGCCAACUCACCAAGACCGUCCCCCUUUGACAGCCCCUCGUCUAAUCCAGUGCAGCAUUUCAGGUACCCUGGUCCUGUCACCCAGCUCCACCCUCAACAUAAACGAUUACUUAGUCAAAAACAGCGUAUAUUCCAAAGAAAAUCGGAGGGUUGGGAUCCUUACCGUAACCUCAUGACGGGCAAAGAGAAGGAGUGGAUCACCAGGCUGCAGAUGAUUCAGCUGCAGAGUGAGAAUCCUUACCUUGAGGACUACUAUUACCAGGAGUACUAUCGACGAAUAGAAGCCAAGAUGGCCGAGGAAGAGCUUGGCAUCAGGAGCAAGAGGGAGCCACCCAAGCUCACCACACCUUACAUCACAAAGACUGACACCUACACACCAGUGGUGCACAUUGAAGGCUCUUUGGGUCAAGUUGCUGUGUCCACAUGUUACUCUCCUCGUCGUGCCAUCAGUGCAGUUCACGCAGUCCAAGCUCAGUGUCCGCUUGAGGAACAAAAAGACACCAGACAACAGCGGUUAGAGGUCCUCAGCAAAAUAGAAAAGCUGUUCAUGGCUCUGUUGGAGGUCGAGGAAACAGAGAGGAUGAAAACCACAGUCUUGUCUGAAGCAGAAGAAAGAAGGCUGAUGGAGAAGACCCAGAGGAAGGUGGAGCACAUCUACUCCCAGCUGCAACACCACGACCCUCUAGAUUCAGGAGGGGAGUUUCUUCCUUUCCUGGUGGUCUCAAAAGGCAAAAGGCUUUUCGCCCGUCUGCUCCCGUUCCUGAAACAUGAUUCUGCAAUGAAAAUCUUGUGUAUUGUGGCCUCUAACCUUCCUACACUGAUGAGCCGAGAUGCAGAAGAGGCGCUCCCAGUGCUCUACCCACCUCUUCGAAAAGUGAUUGGUGGCCUGGCGUUCAGUCAGCUGAUUAGGGUCCUCAAAGAUCUGACGUCAUCGGAGUCUCUAUCAACAUACGAGUGCCUUACACUGGCAUGUCAGAACAAGUUUGGACUGUCCUUACUGUAUGCUCUCCUGUCCCAUGGAGAGAAGCUGCUGUCUUCAGGUGUUCCUCUCGAGCCCAGCAUCGGUGACUUUGAGACCUGGACUGACACAAUAUUCCAGGUGGCGGGACAGCUGUCCCAGUGUUCACUGGUGGAGCCGCUCCUUCUGCCUUCAAACCUGCUCACUCUCUUCUGCCGUUACCUGGACAAGCGGACUGUGCAUCAGCUGAAAAACAACAUGGAGUCUGCGACUGGAUUCUUGGCUCUUCCAUCUUAAGGUGGGAAGAAGCUAAAGAGAUGUUCAGCUAUAUGACCAGGUUGAGCACUAGACUAAAAGGAGCAGAAGUGCAGCCCUGACAAAAACCCCUCAGUGUUCAUUAUAACAGAAGCUAUGUAAUAUUCUCUGAACUGUGUUCAAAAUGCUUUGAUUCUUAUCCCCCCUCCUCCCUCCCUCCCUCAUCCCUUCACAUUUUUGCACUUUCAAACUGUUUCCCUUUAUUUCCUUUAUCUGAUAUUUUUACUUUCCUCCCUUUGGUCUCCAGUAGGUUACAUCAGUGCAAGUUACUCAGAAGUUAAAAACAGUUUGUUUUUCUUUUCCAUGUGUUGAUCAUUUCAUGAGAUUGCCAUGUUAUGUAGCCGGUAAGAUUACAUGAACUAGCAGAUGGAGCUGAUUUACUUACCUGGCUUCUAUCUAACCAUUCUACAGUUAUUUAUUUCUAAAAGUAUUAUUAAAAGCCAAUUACAUUUAGGACAAGGAAUCGGAGAUAAAGUGUGCUGCAUCAGUUCAACAUAUAAAUAUUUCACUUAAACUGAACAAAAACAAAAGCACAUUCUGAAGAAAUGCUGUACAAUGUAGUUUACCAGGAUUAUUGGAUCAGUUAUUUCAGAGUAACUACACCCAAAAACAGUAAACAAAUACUUCUUGAAUUUACUACUAAUCUCAGAUAGAAUAAAAUUGUACUAAUUUUAUCAUAGGUUAAGUAGUAAAUCAUUUGCUCAACACCCAACUUGUUUUUGGUUUUAGCAUUCAGUGAUAGUAAACAACAUUGGCUUAAUGUGGAAUUCUCAAGUUUCCAAAAGGUACCAUCUAAAAGCCAGUUACAUUUCAGAUAAAUCAAAUGUGGUGACCAGGUUGAGGAUUGUAUACUUAUUUAUGAUUGUGCAGCUGAACCUAUAUGUUCAUUAUAAUAACCAUUUAAGGAAGUUGACAUGGCAUGGGCCAUCAACAAACCAUGCAAUUUGGGUUUUUUGUAAAAAAAAAAAAAAAAAGCAUGCAUUGUGUAUACAUGUGUAGCGAUACUAAAUAUGAUGUAUUUGUAAUUUUCCAUGUUUGAUGGUUCAGUUGUAAAGAGAUUUUUAUUUAUUGUAUUCAUUUGGAAACAGGAAUAAUUUAAAUUGCACCCUUGUAGAGCACUUGCAAUAUAAAUAAAAAAAAUCUUUAAAUGCAUCAUCAGGUUGCUCUGGUUCUCAGAAAAUUCAUUCUAGUACAAAGCCUUGAAGGACUUUGACUGUCCAAGCAAAAGGAGCACAUGAUGGAGCAAAGCCAUGGGCAUCAGACUUUACUGUAGAAUCUGCUUUGUGUGGUGCAGCGGGUCUUAUUAAAAGAUCUAACAAAGUUACAGUGGCAGCAUCCAUGCAAACCGUAAUGAGUCUGGCUAUUGUCCUAUGAGGCUACUCUUGCCUCUGGCUCACAUCAAAUCUGUAACAAAUCUGUGCUCCAGAUAUUGUGGGUUUUUG